UUUUGAAAAAAUUAUUAAAAAAUGAAUAAACUUAUUAGCGAUAUUCGCAAUAUAUUUAAUGAGGAUUUAAUUAACACUGAAGAAGUGAGACGAGUUUUGGAGGAAUAUAAAAGUAACACUAAGGAUUGGAAUAAAUUUGCGCUUUUUGAUCCACACAAGUAUACACGCAAUCUGGUAGACGCAGGCAAUGGAAAAUACAAUUUAAUGGUUUUGUGUUGGGGCCCGGGUAUGGGAUCGAGUAUUCACGACCACACAGACGCGCAUUGUUUUGUUAAAGUUUUGCAAGGAAAUUUAUUAGAAACACGUUUUGAAUGGCCUACAGAAGAUAAUAAAAAUGAUGAAAAUCAGAAUUCUGAAGGAAGUGGCCGCCCUUUAAUUGAAAACGGAAAUCAACUUUACAAAUUGAAUGGAGUUUCUUAUAUAAGCGGUUGGAAUUUUUAA